AGCUUAGCUCAUCAGAUUCAUGAUAUUGCAGGUAGAACCAGGAGAAAGCUGUCGCCUGUGGUGAGCCAGUCUGAAGAUGAAAAUGAUGAAGAUCCUCCUGUUCUCACUUUCUCUCCUCUUCUAUGGGGACAGACCUGCUGCCGAAGGCCAAAUUAAAUAUAAAAGCGUCAAAAACGGCAGCACAGUGACUCUGAAGUGUGAUGAGAUGAGUAAAGGCCCAGUGAUCUGGAGCAGAGACAGAGCUGGAAGAAGAGAGGAUAUUCUCACAAUAGAGGAUGGAGGGAGGACAACCAAGCACAUCAAUGAUACCCAUAAAUUUUACCACACAAGCAUCAACCGGUCUCUGAUGAUCACACGUGUCUCAUCCUUCCACGCUGGGUUGUACUACUGUAACAGCACUGCAGUGGUGUGUCUCACAGUGACAUCAGGUCCAGCCAUGACAAAUCAGGAUAAAUGUGACGCUAGAUCAGCAGAAAACAAAAUAAGUGGGUACUGGAUCAUACUCAUAGUUGUGGGAAGUGUGGUUCUUCUGCUAGUGCUGACUUUAGUUUCCACAAGAAAGUGGUUUUUAAAGAAGGACGCAGAGGGCACUGAAACGGCAGAUCACGUCUACGCUUCCAUUGAUCAUGACGCUUCUCGUAAGGCACAAACAGGUAUACUGAUAAAAGAGAGGAAUAAAGAAAGUAUAUACUACCUUGCAAAUCAUCCAGACCCAGUACCCACAGGUCUUCAAAAUGAGCUCACAUAUUCAGAAAUCCAGGAUCCAGCCAACAGACUGCAAAAUAAUAGUCUUCAAAAUGAGUUCACAUAUUCAUUACUCCAAAAUCCAGCCAACAAGAGGCAAAAUAAUGGUCCAGUGGGGGAGGAGGUGUACAGUCUGGCUCAGAGACCACGCUCAGCAGCAGAAGACCCUGAAACACCUGGAACUACUGAUUAGUCUGAAAGACACUUUAUAACCACGGGUCUUCCUGAUGGUUGGACACGUUAAAUGGUUACUGAUUACUAGUUAUGCAAUAGAUUGGCCUAUAAAUACUCAGUAGCGUUCUGACUGGUGAAUCAUGACUGUGAACUUGUGCAACAAGAGGAGGAAACACUGAAUCACUGUUAUAAAUAAAGUAAUUCCUGUGUACUCAGGCUCCCAAAGGGGAUAUCCAAA